AUGAGCGGCACACAAUACGACACGAAAAGUCUACCAAGUCACUUCAUUGGUCUCAACACUGUUGAGAAUGCUGAGCCUUCCGCGGUCCGCGAAUUUGUCAAAGAACGCGGUGGCCAUACGGUGAUCACAAGUGUCCUUAUCGCAAACAAUGGUAUUGCUGCGGUCAAGGAGAUCCGUUCUGUUCGCAAGUGGGCCUACCAGACCUUUGGGGAUGAACGCGCUAUCUCCUUCACCGUAAUGGCUACUCCCGAGGAUCUGGCUGCCAAUGCCGAGUACAUUCGGAUGGCUGACCAGGUUGUCCAGGUCCCUGGUGGUACCAACAAUAAUAACUACGCUAACGUCGAACUCAUUGUCGAGGUCGCUGAAGAAUCAAAUGUGCAGGCUGUCUGGGCUGGAUGGGGUCACGCAAGUGAGAAUCCCCUCUUGCCGGAGUCUUUGGCCAGAUCGCCAAAGAAAAUCGUCUUCAUUGGUCCCCCUGGCUCUGCGAUGCGAUCAUUGGGCGACAAAAUCUCCUCAACAAUCGUUGCACAGCAUGCUCGUGUCCCUUGUAUUCCCUGGUCAGGUACUGGCGUCGACGAGGUUCACACCGACGCCAAAACUGGCUUGGUUUCCGUUGAUGAGGAAAUUUAUGCCAAGGGAUGCAGCAUUUCUGCUGAGGAUGGUCUUGAGAAGGCAAAGAAAAUUGGUCUUCCUGUCAUGAUCAAGGCUUCCGAGGGAGGAGGAGGCAAAGGUAUCCGCAAGGUCGAGCGCGAAGAGGACUUUUUGUCUUUGUACCGUCAGGUCGAAUCGGAGAUUCCUGGCUCGCCUAUUUUUAUCAUGAAGUUGGCAGGUAGUGCCCGUCAUUUGGAGGUCCAGUUGCUUGCAGAUCAAUACGGAAAUAACAUUUCUUUGUUCGGUCGUGACUGUUCAGUCCAGCGCCGUCACCAGAAGAUCAUCGAGGAGGCUCCUGUAGAAAUUGCCCCUCGUGACACUUUCAAGCAGAUGGAAGAGGCAGCCGUCCGCCUUGGUCGCUUAGUUGGAUACGUUUCAGCAGGCACUGUCGAGUAUCUGUAUUCGCAUGAAGAAGAUAAAUUCUACUUCCUAGAGCUCAACCCCCGUCUGCAGGUCGAACAUCCAACCACUGAGAUGGUUACAGGAGUUAACCUACCUGCUGCACAGCUUCAAAUCGCUAUGGGUAUCCCUCUUGACUAUAUCACAGAUAUCCGUAUGUUCUAUGGUGCUGACCCGUUGUCUAAGCGUCGUAUUGACUUUGAUUUUUCUGACCCUGAGAGUCUCAAAUACCAGAAGCGCCCUACGCCCAAGGGUCAUACCACUGCGUGCCGUAUCACCAGUGAGGACCCUGGCCAGGGAUUCAAACCCUCAGGUGGUACUGUUCAUGAGCUGAACUUCAGAUCAAGUUCCAACGUCUGGGGUUACUUUUCGGUAGGAAGCCGUGGUAACAUCCACACUUUCAGCGAUUCUCAGUUCGGACAUAUUUUUGCAUUCGGCGAAACCCGUGAGGCUUCCCGUAGAUCUAUGGUUGUUGCUCUGAAAGAAUUGAGUAUUCAGGGUGAUUUCCGCACCACAGACGAAUACAUCAUUGGCCUGCUCGAGACGAAGGCCUUUGAAAGCAACACUAUCACCACUGGCUGGCUUGAUGAACUCAUUUCUCAGCGCCUCACUGCAGAACGUCCUGAUAAGAUGCUGGCAAUUCUGUGCGGUGCUGCCACUAAAGCUCACCUCGAGUCACAGUCUCUCAUCAAACAGUUUAUUAAAGCUCUGGAACGCGGUCAGGCACCCUCAAAAGAUUUACUCAAAUCAGUUUUCCAGAUCGAUUUCAUUUACGAGGGUGAACAGUUCCGCUUUACUGCUACGCGCUCCUCACCUGAGAACUAUAAUCUGUUCCUCAACGGUUCUCGCGUUGAAGUGGCUGUUCGUGCUUUCAAUGAUGGUGGACUUCUUGUGUUUAUUGGUGGCAAAUCCCACACUAUUUACUUCAAGCAGGAAGUUGGUGGAAUGCGUAUGUCUGUUGACUCCAAGACAUGUCUUCUUGAGGUUGAGAAUGACCCCACCCAAUUACGCUCACCUUCUCCAGGCAAGCUUGUCCGGUAUCUCAAAGAAAGCGGUGAUCAUAUCAAGGCAGGUGAUGAAUAUGCUGAAGUUGAGGUCAUGAAGAUGUACAUGCCUCUUGUCGCACAAGAAGAUGGUAUCGUCCAACCCAUCAAGCAGCCUGGAGCCACUCUGGAAGCUGGUGAUUUGAUUGCCAUCUUGCAACUUGAUGAUCCCUCCAAGGUCAAACGUGCAGUUCCCUUCUCUGGCCAGCUCCCUGAUUUCGGUUCUGCCCAUGUGAGCAGCGAUAAGCCUGAAUCUCGCUACACAGCUAUCAUGAAGACCAUGCAGGAUGUUCUUUCAGGUUAUGAUAACCAGAUUAUUCUUAACCAGUCAUUCCGUGAGCUGAUCGAUUUGUUGCGUGAGCCUGAUUUGCCAUAUGGUUUGUGGAACCGUCGUGCCUCGUCUUUGCAUUCGCGUGUACCACCUGCUCUUGAUGCUACACUUACAGAAAUCAUCGAAAAGGCACACAGCCGUAAGCAUGACUUCCCCGCUAAACUGGUCUCCAAAACUCUUUUGAAGUGGGCUCCAUCUAGUACUGAGGCUGAGCGGACUAUCUACAUGGAUACUAUUGCUCCAUUGAUGGAGGUUGCUAAAGAGUUUAUGGAAGGUCUUGAGGUUCAUGUUUAUCAAACCAUGGCCAAGAUUCUCGAUGAUUAUUACGAGUCUGAGCGUCGCUUCUACAUCCCUGCUAGUGUUCGUGAAGAGGAAGUUGUCCACCAGCUGCGUGAGGAGCACAAAUCUGAUUUGACUGCCGUUUACCAGAUUGUGUUUUCGCAUUCUCGCAUCGGUGCUAAGAACAACUUGCUCACCCUCGUCUUCAACGAGCUUCUUUCUACUCGCUUUGAUAUUGCUGCGGUUGCUGAGUACGUGCGUCCUUCGCUCCGCCGUAUUGCUGAGCUCGAUGGUCGAGCUACAGCUAAGGUGGUUCUGAAGGCUCGUGAGAUCACAAUCAAAUGCUCUGUUCCAUCUCUUCGGGAACAAACUGAGCAGAUGGAGCACAUUUUGAAGUCUAGUGUUAUGGAGUCUGUUUACGGAACUAGCGAUCGUUGUCACCGUCGCACUCCUGAUUUGAACAUCAUUCGCGAGCUUAUUCAGUCAAAGUAUUCGGUCAAUGAUGUUCUGUUCCAGUUUUCUCAGUCUCCUGACAAGUACAUUGUUCUAGCUGCUCUUGAGGUCUACGCUCGUCGUAUUAAUCGUGCUUACCGGAUCGGAAAGCUUGAUUAUCACCUCGAGAAUGGCCCCGCUUGUAUUGGCUAUGAAUUUGAGCUCCGCGACUCGGUUGCGAGCUUGUACACAACUUCCAUCAAUGGCCUGGAAACCCCUGGUAGGGUUCAUAGCUCUCCAUCGUCGGCUAACUUGCGUGGCAAUACCCCCCCACCCUCUACCUCAAUUAUGCGCCAUGGUGCUUUGGUUCCUGGUGAUCUGGAUGAUAUAGAGGAUGCGAUUUUGCGUGCAACCAGUGUGCUCCCCAAGGCUUCGUCGCUUGGCACCCGUCCUCGUGCUCUAUCUGACCCGCCUGCUCCUCUCAGAUCUAAGGCGCCUCCUGCUAAUCUGAUCAACACCUGUAACAUUGUAUGCUUCGAGCCCACUGAGAGUGAAGAGAGCGACGACGAGAUUGUUGAGGCUCUCGGUGAGAGUGUUCGUGCUUUGACUAGCGACCUACUUGCCGUUGCUGUUCGUCGCAUCACCAUCGUCAUCCAAUACGCUGUAGGCACUUCGCCCAAGUACUUCACUUUCCAGGGCCCUGAUUACAACGAGAAUAAGACGUUGCGUCACGUUAACCCUCCUCUUGCGUUCCAGCUUGAGCUGGGGCGCUUGGCCAAUUUCCGCAUUUCUCCUGCGUUCAGUGAAAACCGUCAAAUCCAUGUCUAUCGUGCAACUGCGCGUAACGAUCCUGCCGACAAGCGCUUGUUUGUGCGUGCGAUCGUUACUCCUGAGCGUCUUCAAGAGGAAAUUUCAACUCCUGAGUACUUGACUUCUGAGUCCUACAAGUUGAUGAGCGAUGUCUUGGAUACGUUGCAGGUUAUUGAUGUUCAAGGAACCGAUUUGAACCACAUUUUCAUUUCCUUCACUGCUGUGUUCACUUUGAACCCCCUGGAGAUCCAGGCAGCGUUUGGCGGUUUCUUGGAGCGUUUCGGUCGUCGUUUGUGGGGCCUCCGUGUUACUAGCGCCGAGGUUCGCAUCGUGAUUUCCGAUAAGGCAUCAGGCCAGCAGUUCCCUCUUCGUGCUUUCAUUAAUAACAGCUCAGGAUUCGUUGUCACUAGUGAUCUUUACACUGAGGUGCUUACCGAUUCUGGUGAGUGGGUUUACAAGACUAUUAGUGGCAAGCCGGGUCCCAUGCAUCUGCGUCCUGUUUUGUCGCUCUAUGCUACCAAGGAGGAUCUUGAACUGCGUCGUUACCAGGCUAACGAGAAGGGAACGACAUAUGUUUAUGACUUCCCUGACUUGUUCCGUGAAGCUUUUACAACAGAAUGGGACCAAUCUGGUCAGUCCGCGCCCAAAGACUUGUUCCAAUGUGUUGAACUGAUUCUCGAUGAAAGCGGAGAAAAGCUGACUGAGGUUGAUCGCGAACCUGGCGCUAACAAUGUUGGUAUGGUCGCUUGGAAGUGUGUUGCCAAGACACCAGCUCAUCCCGAUGGUCGUCAGUUCUUGAUUGUCGCCAACGACAUCACCUAUAAGAUUGGUUCAUUUGGUCCUCAGGAGGACAAGGUGUUUGCCAAGGUGACAGAGCUGGCCCGUCAGAUGGGUGUUCCUCGAAUCUAUGUGUCUGCAAAUUCCGGUGCACGUAUUGGUGUUGCAGAGGAGCUUGUUUCGAAAUUCCGCGUUUCAUGGCGUGAUGAACAGGAUCAGUCUCGUGGUUUUGACUAUCUUUACUUGAGUCCUGAGGACUGGCAGUCCGCCGAGCAGGCUCCCCGUCCAGUUGUGUCGUGCACUCGGGUAGUAGAGAAUGGUGAGGAACGCUACAAGAUCGACUAUAUCGUCGGUCUUGAAGAUGGCUUGGGUGUUGAGUGUUUGAAGGGCUCUGGCCUCAUUGCUGGCUUAACCUCCAAGGCUUACCAGGACAUCUUCACUGUGACCCUCGUUACCUGCCGCUCAGUGGGUAUUGGUGCCUACUUGGUUCGUCUUGGACAGCGCGCCAUUCAAAUCGAAGGCAAGUCUAUUCUUUUGACCGGCUUCCAGGCUAUCAAUAAGUUGCUUGGAAGGGAGGUGUAUACCUCCAAUGAUCAACUAGGUGGUACCAAGAUCAUGUACCGCAAUGGUGUUUCUCAUUUGGUAGCUGAGGAUGACUAUGCUGGUGUCUUGCAGACUGUUCAAUGGCUGAGCUAUGUUCCAGCUAAGAGAGAUGCUGGAAUUGUAUUGGCCCCUACCAGCGAUACCUGGGACCGUGAAGUCGAGGUUAUCCCCGAUGGAAGCCCCAUGUUUGACGUUCGUGACAUGAUUGCUGGUCGCGAGGUGAAUGGUGACUUUGAGUAUGGUUUGUUUGACAAGGAUUCGUUCAUCGAAACUUUAGCAGGCUGGGCCAAGGGUGUUGUUGUCGGACGUGCUCGUCUGGGUGGCUUGCCGUUCGGUAUCAUUGGUGUCGAGGGUCGUACCACGGAAUCGAUUGUUCCUGCAGAUCCUGCCAACCCUACCUCGACAGAGCUUGUUGUGCCCGAAGCUGGCCAGGUUUGGUACCCCAACUCCGCGUUCAAGACUGCUCAGGCUAUCAACGAUUUCAACUUUGGUGAGCAGUUGCCGUUGAUGAUCCUUGCCAACUGGCGUGGUUUCUCUGGUGGUCAGCGUGAUAUGUACCAUGAGGUUCUCAAGUACGGAUCCUUCAUUGUUGAUGCUCUUGUGGCCUACAAGCAGCCCAUUUUCGUUUACAUUCCUCCUCAUGGUGAGUUGCGUGGUGGCUCUUGGGUUGUUGUUGACCCCACUAUCAACCCUGAAAUGAUGGAGAUGUACGCCGACCCGGAUGCCCGUGCUGGUGUUCUUGAGCCUGAAGGUGUUGUUGGCAUCCGCUUCCGCCGCAACAAGCUUGUUCAGGUUAUGAAGCGUUUGGACAAUACUUAUGCUGAGCUCUGCGAAGAGCUGAACCAGGAUGGUCUCGAGGAAAGCGAGCGCCAGGAGCUGCGUGCUAAGGUUGACAGGCGUGAAAAGGAGCUUCUCCCUAUCUAUCAGCAAGUCAGUGUUCAGUUUGCCGAACUCCACGAUCGCCCUGGCCGUAUGCAGGCCAAGGACUGUAUCAGAGAUGUCAUUGAGUGGGCCGAGUCUCGCCGCUUCUUCUUCUGGCGUGCUCGCAGACGCUUCCAUGACAUUUCAAUCCGGCGCCGUAUUUUGGCAGUCGCUCCGGAAAUGCCCAAGAUCGAGAUUUCUGCUCGUAUCAAUGGUUUACUGGCUGGCGCUGGCAUCAGUUACGACGACGAUCGCGCUAUUACUGAGUUCUUGGAUGCUAACGCUGCCGCCGUUACCACUAUGGUAUCUGAGAUUGAACAGCAGACUCAGUCCAAGGCAUUCACCAAGGCUCUGCGUAAUCCUUCGGCUCGCGACGCUCUCAAACAAGCGCUUAAGGGCCUGUCGGAGGCAGAUCGCCAGGCAUUGCUCGAGUAA